AUGUCCCCGACAUAUGCUCGCAGGCGACAAGCCUUACCUCCAUUGCAGAAACUGAAUGGAAGCAACUACAAGAAAUGGAAACAGGAGAUUGACAUUCUGCUAGGACUGUUGGAAUAUGAUGUAGCUUUAAGAGAAGAAAAGCCAGCUGAUCUGACUGCAGAAAGCACUGAAGCAGAGAAAAGUUUUUUUGCCAAUUGGGAAAAGACCAACAGGUUAUCACUGCUGAUCAUUCAGAAUGCCAUGGAGGAACAUGUAAGAGGUGGAAUCAAGAAGUGUGACACUGCAAAAGAAUAUUUGGCUGCGAUAAGUGAGAAGUAUCAGAAAUCCCAAAAGGUAGAAACUGGAAAUUUUUUGUCAACAUUUACCACCAUGAAGCAUGAUGGUACUGGAAGUGUUCGUGAGCACCUUUUGAAGAUGGUUGAUGUGGCCAACAAGUUAACUACCCUGCAAAUACCUAUUAAUGAUGAGUUUAUAGUUCAUAUGGCACUCAACUCCCCGACUCCUGAGUAUGAACAAAUUAAAGUCUCCUAUCAUACUCAGAAGGACAUAUGGUCAGUCAAUGAGCUAAUCUCAAUUUUUUGUGAGCAAGAAGACAUGCUCAAAAAGGGUAAGACAGUGGUUGUUAAUUUGGUUGAUAACUACAAGAAAAAACAUCUUCAGCGAUGA